CAUAUCGGCUCCAUUAGAUUCUCGACCUUUUCUGGUUUGUUUCUAAUGGAGCUGAGGGUGAAUCUAAUGUAUGCCAAAGACCUCAAACACGUCAAUCUCAUCACAAAAAUGAAGGUCUAUGGCGUCGUUUCGAUCAACGGCAAUCCUCGGACGAACCAGAAAACACCUGUUGACAAAGAAAACGGGUCCAACCCAGAGUGGAAUUGCCGCAUGAAGUUCAUCGUCGACGAAGCUCACAUCCACCAGAACCUCAUCUUCCUCGUGUUCGCUCUCAAAUCGAGCCGCAUGCUCUGGGACAGGGACAUCGGCAACGUGCAGGUCUCCGUUAGGGAACUGCUCCACCAAACCAACGGGAACCACAUGGUCGACCAGAACGUCAGCUACACCGUGGUGUUGCCCGAUGGUAAAUCGAGAGGCAUCCUCAAUUUCUCGUACAGGUUCGUGGGGAACCUCAAUGGCACCGCUCCGUUCCCUCAGCUUCCGGGGGCCGUACAUGAAAUACAAGGGGGAAGCCCUGUUUUGGCGCUUGCGUCGCCCCAACACGGUGGUUCGUAUCCUUAUCAUCCGCCGCAUGGGACGAGCAUGUAUCCUUAUCCGACGCCGCAUGGGAUGAGCAUGUAUCAUUAUCCGACGCCUCAUGAGAUGAGCAUGUAUCCUUAUCUGCCGGCAUAUGGUUACCAUCAGGGCCGUGGACCCGUUUCAGGCUAUGGAUAUCAACAGCCGCCACAGUGCGACAGUAGUAAACCUCCAAAACAACGAUCUGUAAAUGAGGAUAAUUGGGUUUGA